AGCUCUGUGUGCUCCGGCUCGGCCCACGACGCUCGGCCCCGAUUACGGAAUACCCCAAACGGCUUCCACCCACGGUGAGGUGGCGAAACACCGCAGCAGCGAGCAAGCGCAGACUCGCAGAGACGACCCCUCAGGCCUCAGCUCGCCCUCGUCAGUGGAAGGAGAGCGAGGUCAGGUCACAACUGGAAGCAGAGUAGAAGAACCGGAAGCAGAGUAGAAGACGCCAAGCAAAUCAUCCUCUGCCUUCCGCUGCUCCAAGUCUCUUAUCAGAGAUCCGUCCUGAAGAGAUACUUGGAGAUUUUUCAGAGAUGAUAUGUCCCAAAGUUUCAUGGGGAUGCCUUCUUCUACUUCUGUGUUUUGCUUGGAUGGGAGAUGCUGAGUACAUGAAGUACAAGGAUCCGAAGCAGCCUGUCAACACUAGAAUCAAGGACCUUAUCCGUAGGAUGACUCUUGCUGAAAAAAUUGGCCAAAUGACACAGAUCGAGCGCUCGGUAGCAUCUGCAGAUGUCAUGAAAAAAUACUUCAUAGGUAGCAUCUUAAGCGGCGGUGGAAGUGUCCCUGCCCCCCAGGCCACUCCUGCAAUUUGGGUCAACAUGGUAAAUGAAUUCCAGAAAGGUGCCUUGUCAACACGUCUGGGAAUUCCUAUGAUUUAUGGUAUUGAUGCUGUUCAUGGUAAUAACAACGUCUACAACGCCACCAUAUUCCCUCACAACGUUGGGCUUGGAGCUACAAGGGAUCCUGAUCUUGUAAAGAGGAUUGGUGACGCGACUGCUCUUGAAGUACGGGCAACGGGCAUUCCAUAUACCUUUGCUCCAUGCAUUGCAGUUUGUAGAGAUCCUAGAUGGGGUCGGUGCUAUGAAAGCUACAGUGAAGACCACAAGAUUGUUCAGGAGAUGACAGAUAUUAUCAUUGGUCUUCAAGGAGAGAUCCCAGAGAAUCAUACCAAAGGAGUUCCUUACAUUGCUGGCAAGGAUAAAGUUGUUGCUUGUGCUAAACACUUUGUUGGUGAUGGUGGAACACAUAAUGGCGUCAACGAGAACAACACGAUUGUUGACGAGCAUGGGCUCCUAGGCAUUCACAUGCCACCAUAUUAUGACUCCAUUAUAAAGGGUGUCGCUACUGUCAUGGUUUCAUAUUCAAGCUUGAAUGGUGCAAAAAUGCAUGCCAAUCAUGAUCUAGUCACUGGCUACUUGAAAUCCAAACUGCACUUUCGAGGGUUUGUGAUAUCAGACUGGCUAGGAAUAGACCGGAUAACCUCACCACCUGGCGCAAACUAUACUUACUCCGUGCAAGCUGGAAUAAAUGCUGGUAUUGAUAUGGUUAUGGUGCCGUACAAUUACACUGAAUACAUUGAUGAUGCGACUUCUCUUGUUAACAAGCAUAUCAUCAGUAUGAGCAGAAUUGAUGAUGCUGUGAGUCGCAUCCUUCGAGUCAAAUUUACCAUGGGCUUGUUCGAGAAUCCUUUAGCUGAUCUUAGCUUUGCAGAUCAGCUUGGAAAGAAGGAGCACAGAGAAUUGGCUAGAGAAGCCGUCAGGAAAUCACUUGUUCUACUAAAAAACGGCAACACACCUAAUCAACAAUUCCUUCCCCUCCCAAAGAAAGCUAGAAGGAUCCUUGUAGCUGGAAGUCAUGCUAGCAAUUUGGGCUACCAAUGUGGUGGGUGGUCAAUUCAGUGGAUGGGGGGCAGUGGAGAUAUUACAGCCGGCACAACAGUUCUUGAUGCCAUAAAGUCUACUGUUGGUGACACACCUGUUGUUUACUCUGAGAACCCUGAUAACAGCUUCAUGAAGACAAACGAUUUUUCAUUCGCCAUCGUUGUUGUUGGUGAAACGCCAUAUGCAGAAACAGUAGGUGAUGACACUGACCUGACUAUCCUAGACCCUGGUCCAGACACAAUCCGAACUGUCUGUUCGACAGUUAAAUGUGCAGUGGUUAUCAUCUCUGGACGGCCGGUUGUCAUUGAACCUUAUCUUCCUUUGAUGGAAGCGCUUGUUGCUGCCUGGCUGCCUGGCACAGAAGGUCAGGGUGUUGCUGAUGUCCUCUUUGGGGACUAUGGCUUCACUGGAAAGCUUUCACGCACUUGGUUCAAGUCUGUUGACCAACUGCCUAUGAAUGUUGGAGACCCACACUAUGAUCCACUCUUCCCUUUCGGCUUCGGUUUGACAAUAAAUUCAUCACAGCCAGGGUUCUCUGGUGCUGACAGUCCCAGGGAUAAGACGAAAAUUACAGUAUAUGCUGUGUUGAGUUUGCUACUGUCAAUGAUUCUGACUUUUGACGGGCACAGGUAUAUUUGAACGCCUAGCUGCUCUGCUGUAGCCGUAGUACGAUUAAUCCUCUUGCCGGUGAUUAUUAGUCCACAUGGAGUUGGACGCUGCAGAAGGUGUAAUGCUAACCUAGGUCAUCAGUACAUUUGUUCUUUAGCAAGCAAAUUAUCCCAGGUUCUUCUCUUGAUUCCGUUUUAAAUUUAUCGAGGACAAAGGUGAAUUAGUUUUUGCAAAUCCUGCUAGAUAACAACAUCAAGGAUUUUUUUUAUCUAUAGAAGAUUUUGUGCUCC